AGUGGGGGGGAGCCGGGGUAUCGUGCCGGCCUCGGCGCUCAGUGUUGCGCGAGGCGUCGUGAGAACGUUGCCAGGCGUUGCGAGGCGUUGGGUGACAUCGCGAGGCGUCGCUGCUCCGGGCGCCGGUGAAUCCGCGGUUCGCGACGCCUGCUCGGCUAGGCUUCGCUCGGCUCGAAGGGGUAAUAGACGGCGGAUCGGUUGGGAACACAUGGCGAGCGGCGUUGGGCGUCCUCGGCCCUUCGACGGGCGCCUUGGCGUAAUGGCGGCCUCCUAGCAGGAGAUGCCAGUUUUCGGGCUCGGGGGUUCAGGUUAGGGAGGCCAGCGGGGAGCGGCCGGGUAUUCGCUCGAGUCGGAGCCGACAAAGAGGCUCCCUCUGCCGCCACUCGAUACGUCCCGGUCGCGUCGGGGGGCGCUUGCACCCUCCACGGGCUCGCCUUCGCUCCGAGGCGCGGCUCUACCCGUGCCUUGAAACGGUUCUUGGAAGGCACAAAGGAACCAGGGUCCGCUGUCGGCAGAGAAGAUGGCUGGAUUGAGCAGGAGGACGUACUUACGGGAUGUUAACCCUCACCUGAUCUGCCCGCUCUGCAAGGGGUACCUCAUCGACGCGAUCACCGUGGUCGAGUGUCUCCACUCGUUCUGCAGAAGCUGCAUCUUGAAACACCUCAACGGCGAGUCCAACUGCCCCUCGUGCAAGCAUGUCCUUAACAAAGCCAAGCCCAACAUUAAGGCUGACAAGGCGUUGCAGGACAUCGUGUACAAGCUGGUCCCUGGGCUCUAUCACAAAGAGAUGCGCAGAAGGAGAGAGUUUUACAAGAAACAUCCCGAGCACGCCAGCAAGGCAAGCCCGGAGCAGCGCGGCGAGGACGUGAGCGGCCGACUGAUCUUCGCCCCGGAGGACGCGGUUAGUCUCAGCAUGGAGUACCUGCCCCCAGGAGCGGAUCCUCUCACUGCAACGAGAACAGCAACCACGACGACCCCCACGACGGGAGACAGAGGCCGGGCCGAGGCACCGAACAGACGGUACCUGCAAUGUCCGGCACUCGUCACGAUCGCACACCUCAAAAAGUUCCUCGGUCUCAAGUACGGCGUCGACAUGACUCGGUACAACAUCGAGAUCUGCCACCGAAGGGCGCCGCUCCCGGAACACUGGACCCUCAUGGACUGCGCGUACAUCUACGCCUGGAAGAGGAACGCGCCCAUGAGGUUCUUCUACCGCAUCGCUCAGGAAGAGCACGAGCUGGAGGCCCCACUGCACGCGAGACCAUCCACCCCCGGUCUCGGAGCUAGUUUGCCUCCUAAUCCUGCCGAUGGCAGUCGCGACUACGGAGAGCCCACCGAUGGACCCGAUCGAGACCCGUCGACGGAUGCAGAGAGCGUCGCGACACCGACACUGCCAGCCGAGGCGCCAAAAGAGGCGAGCGUGCCCUCGAACCCGGAUGGGUCCUCGGAGAGUCCGACCUCGGAGAAGAAGCCCGAAGUCGAGACCGAUCCUACUGUGGUCAAGGUCGAAGCCGUGGCUCGUGCACCCGAUCAAUCUCCGAAGCAGACCAAGAGUCCCAUCAAGAUCCUGAAAAAUCCUGACGGGCGCUACGAGGUCCUGAGGAAUCCACUCGCCGUAAGGAACCGCGACGACCGGUGCGAGCCCACCCUGGAGUCUAAACCCGUGGGAACCCCGCAGUUCAGCGUGGUAGGCAUAGGCGAUGGGCAAAAUUCCACCAGCGUCAGGAUCACGCUUAAGCAACGUUCCCCUGGGAGUACCGCCUCGAAGAAGCCGACCGUCAUCAGCAACGUCCUGCUGCGUUGCGGACAAACCGAGAAACCGUCGGAGAAGCCGGACGGGACAAGAGCCGAGCUUCUCGUUAACGCCGCAAAAAGAGUCAACGAGGAGAUGGCGGAUGGACCAGGGAAACAGAAGCACCGCGUGGCGUUCACGGAUCCUCCUAAUCUGGCGAAACCUGAGACGGAAGGGAAGACCCCGAACAAGUACACGGAUCGACCGGAUAAGAAUCAGUUCCUCCAGAGCUUCCAGCUGACUGCCAAAGAGUCGAGUGGCAGCCAGUCGAGCUUUCUUCCUUCCAGUUCUUCCGGCGCGGCUCCAAAGGUGACAUCGAAUAUAGGUUCCACGGAGCGCGAAGACUCCAAGUCCACUGCCAAACCGAGCGAUACCGCCAGUAAUACGUCGAGUAACACCCCGAGUAACACGUCGAGUAAUAAGCCGAGCAACACCUCGAGCAACAUCCCGAGCAAUACCUCGAGCACCUCUCCGAGUAACACCUCGAGCAACACCCCGAGCAGACCAGUUGCCAAAUUAAACGAGGUCGUCACCGGCUCCAUUAUUAACGAGAAGGGAGCAAAACUCGACGUUUACGCGUUCCCUAACGAACCUUCGUUCGUCCCGCCCGGAGCCGUCAAGAGGAAGUGCCCUCCAGGGCUCCCCAUCUUCAACGCGAAGCGCCAGAAGCGCGUAAAACCGGCCACUCCUCAGGUGGCCGAGCACCUGUCUCCCAAAAGUCAUCGAAAGCCCUCGGCACCUCCACCUUCCCCGACAGACCACGAUGCGCACCCGGAAAGACCCGCCGCUCCCACCGGACCGAAGUACACCCCGCGACUUCCCGACGACACCAGGAACCUCUUGGACGAGUGUGGCCUGAACAUUCCCGCCAGUCUAAGCAUCACCCUCACGGCACCCAAGUCUCCAGCCGGUGGAGCCACCGCCUCGACGGACACCACGAUUUCAAAGGACAGCGAGGCCUUCGGCAAAGUCAACCCCAGCAUAACCCUGAACGACCGCAGCGUGGACCCUCGGAUCCUGAAGGCGCUGAAGUCUGGACAGAUCAGGAUGCCCGCGCCCAAAACACCGGCUCCUAAGCAACGUCCACCUCAGCCACCGAAGCGGCCCAAGGACCACGCCGGUCUCAGGGACAUCCUAGACCUGAGUGGCGGCACAAAGGGCGAGGUUCACCCCCUAAGGAUCCCUCAACCGGUGCCCAAGCACCGUGGCAAGGGAGCCGGGAGGGAGCGCAGUCCGGCUCAAGCCACGGGCCAGGUGGUCACCCUGGUGGGUGGACAGCGCUACUACAGGGCACCUCCGGGUGCCCUAACUCCUGCGGUCCACAGGGACGUGGAAUGUCCCCUGGCCCCUGCAUCGCGAGCCCCGGUCUACGCUCCCUCCUGCGUCUCCAGCUCCGGCAACCUGUCCUCCGAGUUUCCCAGCCUCCAGAGUCUCUACGCUCUCAGUCAGUCUCCGAGUCUUCAGCAACUCCACCUCGACUCCAGGAUCCGGCUCAACAACAGGACGGAUAGGAGCGAUGCCGGGUGCUCGGCCAGCCCUAGCAAAAGUCACCUGGCUGCCCAGUGUGCCCCGGUUAAGCCGGCGAGGUCCUCGGUGGCUCCACUUGCCGUUGCCGUGUCCAGGCAGCCGACUCCGAGACCCGGUCCACCCCCGUCUGGCUCCGACUCCGAACAUCCUCAGGGUUCCGCCAGCCCUCGAGUCUCGUCCACGGUUUCGCCACCUCCAUCCGGACCAGAGGUGACCAGCACUCGAGCCCCGGAUAGUCCCGAUUCCAGCUCGACCCUUCCUGAACGACGUGCCGGCAAGGUCGCGGGGCCUGCCGACGAGGGCGCGGAUCGGUCUUCUUCCUCCACGGAGCCGACGUCCAAAGUCGAGCGCAAACCCGGCCAGGAGCCAGAGCAGAAGGUGGUGAAAUGCCCGGCAGAUGGUAAGGUCGAGCAGUCCGCCUCCAAGAUGACCUCGGAGAUCCUUCAGAAGAGACUCCUGGCCGCGUUUCCGUCCAACGAGUGGGCGAACAACCCCAUCGCGGCCGAGCAUUUGGGGAACUUUCUCAAGAGCUUGACGUCGGUCCAGUCGGACGGUCGGAACGGCACCGCCACCGACGAGCCGGCAUGAACACCAAAGAACGUCUUAGCUUCCUAAUAACUGGAGAGGCGAACUCGGCCAGGUCGGGGAAAUAAGCCAAAUCGAGGAACGAGCGGAACGUUUAGGUCGAUACUCGACUAUGUUUCCGUAAAAUGAUCUCGCUCUUGCGUCGUUCACGGCUAAACGUGUACUUGGCUCGGGACUCUAUCGAGUCUCCGGAACGACUUCGGUCAACGAGGAAUAAUUCAGUUAGCUAACCGUGGCGUGAAAAACCGGGGUUUCUUUAAUGCUGGAUUUAGACGCGAAUCCACGAUUUUUUUACGGAUACCCCGAGCUAUAUCGUAGGGUAAUUAUCGCUCCUCAUUUUAUACCUUACACGAUUUCCUGAUAUAAAUAGUGGGUAAGACUUAGCGACAUUUUUUACCGCGUAAUAAGUUUUACUACUCGGAGGGCGAAAAUGCGCGGUACCGUCAUUACGCCAAGUUAGGACGUCCCUGCUGCAGUGUGCGCGAACAUUGUUAAUGUUUCAGUUUCACUAUAUUUUGUUAACGAUUCGCUAAGUAUAAUUUGUAUUACUUGUUGUACUGCACGCAUAUUAUUUAUUAUAUUAUACUGCAUCCAUUGUGUUCUAAGAUGUACAUACUAGGUUUGUACGCCGUGACUACUGCCGAUAGGUCGAAUCGCAUGAAUGGACUUUUUAAUUAGCCAACCGACUUAAGUACCCGACUACAGUAUUUUAGAUCCACCGUGCCAAUUUACUCAUUUGGCGACAUUGUUCGUAUGAUACAUUAAAACGACAUUUCUGUUCCUUUUA